AUGGAGAAGGUCGUCUCGCUGUUUUGCCGGAGUGAUACAAUUACCUUAUCACUACUUAUCAAGGCAGAUGAGGAGGAUCUUGUUGAAACCCUGCUUGAGGGCGAGUACAGAAUCAACGUGACUGAUGCCUGGCGAAGAACACCUCUUCACAUCGCAGUCCAACUGGGACGUCAUCGGAUUGCAUCUCUGCUUGUCGAAGCGAAAGCCGACGUCAAUGUUCGAGACAUCAAGGAGCACAGCCCUCUGUACUUGGCGGUGUCCCAAGGAAACCGUCUUCUGAUUGAUCUCCUUCUUAAGAACAAUGCCGACGGAAGAGAUGUGGACGUCAAAAAGUUCCGAGCGUUACUUUCAGCCACAGAUAAGGAUGCUAUCGGUAUUUUUAUGGACCAGGAAGAAGGCCCUUCUGGUCUACCCAGGAACAAAAUGUAA